GGUUUAACAGUUGUUUUGAUUUGAUGACAAUUAUUUUUUUGCUUUUCUUGUUGAUUUCAUAUUUUAAUUUUUCUUUUUAAUUUUAAUUAACUCAAAUUACUCAGAGAUUUAAUGUUCUUUCUUAACGGAUCAAUCUAAUUCUGUAAUUUUCUCUCUUCUUGUUCUUCUUCUUUAAAGAACAAUCAUCUUUUUCUGUUCUUCUCUCAUCUUAUCCAUUGACGUGUAGGUGGAUUUUAGAUUUGGUGACUUGUGAUUUGUUUUCUUGUUAUUCUUUGAAAUCAAUAAAUCAAAAUAAUGGGAAUUCUAUGGUCCAAAUUUCGGAGUAAAGAGACUUCAGUUGAAAGAUUGGAAAGGAUUACCGAUGAAAUUAAAAGUUUAGAGGAUCACAAAUUUUCAACAAUUAAACAGCAAAGAAAUAUAAUCUUCCUACUUUUUGUCAUCUCUGGUCUCAUAUAUAUUAUUGCCCUCGGGGUUUUCUAUUUCUUUUAUUUACCAAUAAGUCCUGAUUGGGCUAAAAAAUGUUUCUAUUCACUUCCAUUGUUGGUGUUUCCUUUAGUAGUUUAUUUAUUGAAACAGUUUCUUUCUUGGUAUUACCUGCAAGUGAUAGAUAAAAAAGAGGAUAGAUUGAAGGAUCUUCGCCGAGAGAAGAGAAAAAUUCUGGAUAAGGUUAUGGAAACCGAAACUUAUAAAGUAGCUAAAGAGCUUCGAAAAUACGAUCCUUCAUCAUUAAAAGAAUCUCGUCCCAAUUCAUGUCCAUCAUCUCCGGCCAAUCUUCCAUACUCAUUGAAACAACAACAACAACAACAACCACAAAGAGUCCGUUAUCGAGGUUCAAUGCCGCCCCCAAUGCUCAAUUCUAGUUUUAAUUUCAGUAAUAUUAAAACUCCUGAAAGGCCUGUUAACAGUUUAAAUUCAUCACAAGUCUCUAUUAAUGCAAAUUCACCUCAACAAAUUGGCCGAGUUUCCAUGAUUCGUCCUCCAUCCUUACCACAAUCAUAUCCCGCUAUCCAAGCCCCUAGACUGGCACGUCCAAUAUUGGAUCAAAAUCGAUCCAUUGUCGAUAAAUUGGUUGAUUAUGUUGUUGGUGAUGGACCAAAUAAUCGAUUUGCUUUAAUAUGUGCCAUUUGUAGUGGACAUAAUGGUAUGGCCUUAAAAGAAGAAUUUGAAUUUAUUUCUUUUCGAUGUUGUUAUUGUAUGUCCUUUAAUCCUGCAAGGAAACAGCGACACUUUGCUCCAAAUAUAAGUCAAACUGAGAUACCUGGAGACAAGAAUCUUUCACCUUUAAUCGAUGAACCUGAAAGUGAUAAUGAUAAUAAUAGUCGACAGGAUGAAAAUGACCGUCAAACGACAAAAAUUGCCGAAAUUAAGGAAAAAGGAGAAACAUCUGAUAGUGAUAAUGGUUCAUCAUCUAAAACAAUCAAACCAACAAUAACAUUAUCAUCAAUUGAAGGUGAUGGUGAUCAGAUUAUUGUUGAAAAAGAAAAUGAUGAGCAAACUAAUGAAGAUCAUGAUAAAAUCAUUGAUGGUGAAAAUAUCUCAACACAAAUGGAGAAACAAUCAGAUGAACAAUUAGAUUGUCCAUCUAGCCAAACUCCAUCCAAUCAUCAAUCAACAAAUUUGGAAACUAAUUUACCUUGGGGAAAGUGUAUAAUGGAAUUAGGGCUUCGAGUUGUCCGAGGACCUGACUGGAAAUGGGGACAACAAGAUGGUGGUGUAGGCCAUGUUGGAACAGUAGUUGAAAUUGGACAUUAUAAUUCAUCAAGUAUACCUCAUAAAACGGUUGUUGUUCAAUGGGACUCUGGGUCGAGAAGUAAUUACAGAGUUGGUUAUCAAGGAUCAUAUGAUUUAAGAGUUUUCGACAAUGCUCCUGCUGGUGCUCAUCAUCCAAGAAUUCAGUGUGAUGAAUGUGGAUCUGAAGGGAUUAUCGGCAUGAGAUGGCAAUGUGCAACCUGUAUUGACUUUGAUCUGUGUACACCAUGUUAUAUGAAAGGAGCCCACGAUCUGAAUCAUCCUUUCAUUAGAAUUGAUACUAUUUAUCAUCUCGGACUUGAAAUGCCAAAAAGAUCACUUAACAAUACAGUGAAAAUUCAAGCUCGUGGUAUAUUUAAAGGAGCUCGAGUUGUUCGUGGCUAUGAUUGGGAAUGGGACUCGCAAGAUGGCGGUGAUGGUAAAGUUGGUGAAGUGAUUGACAUUCGUGGCUGGGAUAAAGCCUCUGGUCGGUCUGUUGCUAGUGUAAGGUGGGCAAGAUCAUCAAAUGUUUAUCGUGUUGGUCACAAAGGAAAAGUUGAUCUUAAAUGUGUUGUUGAUGCUCCCGGUGGUUCCUUUUAUCGUGACCAUUUACCGAUCCUUGGACAAAAUUUUGUUGUUUCUGGUCCACCUGAAUCUUUAAUUGGUGCUGCGGCUACUGCUCGACCUCAAUUAGGAACAUCAUCAUCAUCAUCAUCAUCUACAACCACAACAUCAUCUUCACAGCAACAACAACAACAACAACCAACACCAGUAUCACAACAAUCAUCAUCAUCGUCAUCAUCAAAUCCUCCAACUAGUGGAGCAAUGGCCCGAUUCAAUGUCGGCGAUAGAGUUCGAGUUAUUGCCAAUACAAUUGAAGAGCUUAAAUCACUACAAAAAGGUCAUGGUGGUUGGAAUCCACGAAUGGCUCAAUAUAUCAAUAAAAUUGGAACUGUUCAUCGAAUUACCGAUAAUCGUGAUAUAAGAGUUCAAUUUGAUAAUUCUCGAAUCCGUUGGACAUUUAACCCCGAUGCCUUGGAGAAAUAUGUUCAUUAUCUCAUUACUGAUCUUGUCAAAGUGAUUGAUGAUUUAGAACAAGUGAAAAAAUUACAACGUUAUCAUGGAGAGUAUGUACCUGACAUGAGAAAUUUACUCGGAGUCACAGGUAGAGUGAUGAAAGUUUACUUCGAUGGUGACCUUAGGGUCAAUUUCGACGGGAAAACAUGGACCCUUAACCCUUUAUGUGUAACCAAUUUAUCAGAAUUAGAGAGAACAAAACAAACAAAAGAAAAGAAGCCCGAUGCUAACGCCUGGAAGGAUUGGGUUGAUGAACUUGGAGUUGAAAGUUCUAGGGAUAUUUAUUCGACCACUGGAAAUAGCACCUCAUCGUCAGUACCAACCACCGACAAGAAAUCAAUCGAGGCGAACACUUCCUCCAGUAGUAAUAUCAACAAAACCAACAAUAACAAUAACUUUAACCAUCCAAGUUCAAGUAAAUCUUCAAAUGAAAAUAGUACAAGUAAUCUGUUAAAUGACACAAUCGAUUGUAAUUUGGAUCCUAAAUGUUUAAUUUGCGAUGAAAACAUGGCCGAUAUACGUUUCUAUCCUUGUGGUCAUCAAGUUUGCUGUAGUGAUUGUAGUGACUGUAUCGUCCGAAUGAAAAAGUGCAUUAGCUGUAAACAGGUGAUAAAAAAAUUAAUGUACUUAGAUUCAAGUGAAGGUGUAGUUUAUGGUGUAUUUGAUCAUAAUACAUCAAGUAAUGGAGCAUCCACCUCAUCAUCAUCAUCUAAUUUUCCCUUUGGUCCAUCAUCAUCAUCAUCAUCAUCAACCACCUCACUGCUCAAUAAUAAUCUUGCCAAAUGUAUCAAAUCUGAUGUUGAUUCAAAUAUCGAUCAGCUGAUUAGUAAGAAUCAAUACCUUGAAUCAAAGAUGAUGAAAAUUGAAGAAGUCGCUAAUUGUGGUAUUUGCUUGGAAAAUAUCAAGAAUGUUAUAUUCUUAUGCGGUCAUGGUGCUUGUUCUGAAUGUGCCAGCACUUUACAAAUAUGUCACAUGUGUCGGAAAACCAUCACCAAGAAGAUUAAUGUUUAUUGAUUUUCUUUCUUUUCUCUCUCUCUUCAUCUCUUCAUCUCUUCAUCUCAUCAUAUUUUCACCAUUCUCUGUCUCUCUCUUUCUAUCCCUUCACGAUUUCAUCAUCAUCAUCUCCAUCGAACAUCAUUUCCAUCAGUUUAUCAUUGCCACCAUCAACCACAACAAUUACAAUAAGAAAAGCUCGUCAUGAAUCAAGCCCAACAGCCUUCACACUCUGUCACUUCAUUCAGCCCCUUUAAUUAAUCUAGAUAUCAUAUAUAUAAUUUCAUUGAAUUAGCAUGGCAGGCAAAGCUAAUUGUGAUACGUAUUUAAUUUUCAUUUUGUGUCAGUAUUUUUAACAUCAGAAAGGAAAGAUAAUUUUACCAAAGCUAACAAUUUAAUAACUAUUAUUAUCACUAUUGAUUUAAUUUACAUCUAAAUGCAAACAAUGAGAUGUAAACAAUGAAAAACAACAACAACAAUCUAACCCUAACCCCUUACCUUGAUUAGCCUUCAUACAAUUAUUAUUAUUGUGUUUGUCGGAUUUUCCUGAAUCAUUCCUUGAUUUGCUUCAAUUGAUAACAAUUUACCCUUGAAUGCAAGACCAUUUAAUCACAAUUAGAAUCGCCUUUGUACAUCAAUCUCUUCCUCUCUCUCUCUCUUCUCUGUAUAAAUCAUUGUUUUCCAUCAUCUUAUUCCCUACCAAUUAACCUAUCUGAUUAUCUUCCAGUUUUUAAUCAAUCAAAUUAAUCACUAAAUUGAAUCUAGAAAAAUUUACUGAUUAAUCUAUUUGAACAGUUAAUCGACCCUUAAUUAUACAUCAAGCACUUUGUCAACAAUUAACACUUAACUUUUUUGUGGUUUUGUUGCUUCCUCUCAUAUACUGUGAUAGAUUUUACAUUAACUCUCCUAAUUAUCUAAUUUUUGAUUAUUUACCUUUAACUUUUUGUUCCAUUAUUGAUGAUUAAUCCAAAAAUGUGACAUGUAAUUUAAUUAAUCAAACAAAUUUACACUUUGAUUAAUUCAAUUGCUAAUCCAAUUGCUUUCAUCAUCACUGACUAAGCCUUAACAAAUUAACCCAAUCAAUUUAUUAUACACAAAAUAGUGAUCAUCAAAUUAAUCAUAAUCGAUUGUUUUUUUUACUCAAUGGUUAAUUAUUAGCUCUCUUCCUUCAUAAUCAGUGAUAUCUGAUUGUUAAUGACACAAAAUUAAUUACAAUACGUAUUCAGUUAGCAAUCACAAUUACAUAUUAAUUUUUGUUUUCCUCAGUUCAAUUGCUCAAAAGGGGCUUUGCUUUUUUCUCCUUCUAAAUCAAUCUGAUUGAGAAAAAUCGAUCUAAUUAUUUAAUUAUUAUCCAUCAUCUAUUAUUAUUAUCAAUCGAUUAUUAUUAUUAUCAUCAUUUAUGUAUCAAUUGCUUGACCCUGUCAAUUUAAUUUCAUCAAAAAGUUGCCUGUUGAGUUAUCACAUUACAAGAAGCAUAUUUGUCACCAUUGUGAGGCUGAUUCUCGAAAUUAAUUGAUGAAACAAAUUGUAUAAUAUCUAUGAUCGUCAUCUUUUCACACUCUUAAUUGGACACUCACAAAAAUCAACACCGACCAUCAUCUUAUCAUCUUUAUCCCAUAAUCAUCACAAUUAACCUGAUUAUCUCCAUUAUUUCAUGAGGAUCGAACUGAAUCAAACAAUUUCCUCUGUAUCCCUUCAAAAAUGUUUCAAUUAUUAUUCCUCAUCCCUAUUCUCUCUCUCUCUCUCUUACAUUUUCUCCCUCACCUUGAUUUUUUCUGUUCUUUAAUUUUUUGCUUCAAGAGGGAUAAAUAAAUUCAUAAAUAAUGUUGAUAAUUAACUAGAA